AUCCUAUUUUCUAUUUGUGACGAUCUCCGCUCUAGCCCUUAGCUCACUUCGCACAGAAAAGAGAGCUCGAAGCGUCUGGAAAAAAAUGUUUUUGUCACAAACACGAGGGCGGUUGCCCUCGGCUCUGAAGGCUUUUCAGAGUACUCAACUGGCCUCACGCUCGCUCUCAACCACACUCCCACGGCGAAAUGGCGAUGAGGGACUCAACAAAGUCUCACGGACCAUUACACAGCCAAUCUCCCAAGGAGCUUCACAAGCAAUGUUAUACGCCACAGGAUUAACGGAAGCCGAUAUGAACAAAGCUCAAGUCGGAAUCUCGUCGGUGUGGUUUACGGGCAAUCCAUGCAACAUGCACUUACUCGAGCUUAACAACCUGGUCAAGAAAGGUGUGGAGAAGGCCGGAUUGAUCGGGUACCAAUUCAACACAGUUGGUGUGAGUGAUGGUAUUAGUAUGGGCACCAAGGGAAUGCGCUUUUCUCUUCAGAGCCGAGAUCUUAUCGCCGAUUCGAUUGAGACAGUCAUGGGUGGUCAAUGGUACGAUGCGAACAUUAGCAUUCCCGGUUGCGACAAGAACAUGCCCGGUGUCAUGAUGGCCAUGGGUCGAGUGAACAGACCCAGUUUGAUGGUCUACGGAGGUUCCAUCAAGGCUGGCUGUGCCGCAACUCAGAACAAUGCCGACAUUGAUAUUGUGUCUGCGUUCCAGGCCUACGGUCAAUUCUUGUCGGGUGAGUUCACCGAGGAGCAACGAUUCGACGUUAUUCGUCACGCCUGCCCUGGUCAAGGUGCUUGUGGUGGUAUGUAUACUGCCAACACUUUGGCUAGUGCGAUUGAGAUUAUGGGCAUGACCUUGCCGGGUUCAUCAUCCAACCCAGCCGACUCCAAGGUCAAGCAGCUCGAGUGUUUGGCUGCUGGUGAAGCUAUUAAGAAUCUUCUGAAGGAGGAUAUUCGUCCAUCGGAUAUCUUGACACGUCAAGCAUUCGAAAACGCCAUGAUUCUUGUCAACAUCACCGGCGGUUCGACAAACGCGGUCCUCCAUUUGAUCGCAAUCGCAGAUUCCGUCGGCAUCAAAUUGACAAUUGACGAUUUCCAGGCUGUCUCUGACCGCACUCCCUUCCUUGCCGACCUUAAGCCGUCCGGCAAAUACGUUUUCAACGACUUGUACCAAGUCGGAGGAACUCCUGCUUUGAUCAAAUUCUUGCUCAAGGAAGGAUUAAUUGAUGGCUCUGGAAUCACUGUUACCGGAAAGACACUCGCCGAGAACGUGGAGAAGGCUCCUGAUUUCCCCGAAGACCAGAAGAUUAUCCGUCCAUUGUCAAACCCUAUUAAGCCUACCGGUCACAUUCAGAUCCUGAGAGGCAGUCUUGCGCCAGAAGGCUCUGUUGGUAAGAUUACUGGAAAAGAGGGAACCAUUUUCAAGGGUAAGGCGCGUGUCUUUGACGAUGAGGAUGAUUUCGUUGCUGCGCUCGAGCGCAAGGAGAUUAAGCGAGAGGAAAAGACUGUAGUUGUCAUUCGCUACUGUGGUCCUAAGGGUGGCCCGGGAAUGCCUGAAAUGUUGAAGCCUUCCUCUGCCCUCAUGGGUGCCGGUCUCGGUAAAUCCUGCGCUCUAAUCACAGACGGUCGCUUCUCUGGCGGUUCUCACGGAUUCUUGAUCGGUCACAUUGUCCCCGAGGCUGCUGUCGGCGGACCCAUCGGACUGAUCAAGGAUGGUGACGACAUCACCAUCGACGCCGAAAGUCGCGUUCUAGAUUUGCAUGUCGAUGAGAGCGAGCUGGCCUCGCGUCGCAAGCAAUGGGAAGCGGAUCGCGCAGCUGGUAAAUUACCAGCUACUGGAUUGACUAUGCGUGGAACUCUAGGAAAAUAUGCCAGACUUGUCAGCGAUGCCAGCCACGGCUGUGUAACGGAUGCUUUGUAAGAUGUGCAAUUGGACCAGAAUGUCAAAUAUGAAAAGUUUAUGUACGUUUAGGAUUUAGUAUCGAGCUAUUGGUAA